AGCGAACAGGUCCUCAAUGUCAGUCAGGCAUUCAAAUUAAGUAGCAGCAUUUCACGUUGUUCGACGAGGAAUAGAGCAACGCUUCCAUUUGCUCACCUCAUCACGACGUCUCGACAUAUUUGUUCACCUCAUAGUCGUAGUUCCAUUUUUGGCAGAAGUUGUAUUUUUGAUAACUUCACUCCUGCUCCAGCUUCGAAGUCGAAGUUUUCAUCUAUAUCUAGUACAAGGAAGAUCAUGGUGUCUUCGUCCCCGCCUCCGACUUCUCCGGUCGUCCUCACACCACGCGCGACGACGACUCAGGAGAAUCCCCAAUUGCCGCAACAAGGUAACAUGCGCAAGCGAGUAGCGCUUAUUGGGUCUGGAAAUUGGGGUAGCGCGAUUGCGAACAUCAUAGGCCGUAAUGUCUUGCAGAAUGAGGAGUUGUUUCAUCCGGAAAUACACAUGUACGUCUAUGAAGAGGAGAUUACGCCGUCAAAAUUGACGCCAGCGAUAAUUUUGAAGGAUGAGAAUGGCGAGCUACUGGCGGAUCAAGAGAUUAUGAAUGGGAAGCGCAGAUGAAUGCUGAAGCGCAGAUGAAUGUCUAUUCAAUCGAAUUCAUUAGGUGCAAGGAUGUACUCUGGAAACGAAAGUUACAGGACUUUCUCUUUUCUCUGUUACAAUUUGAUUAUAAUUGUCCCCCUCAGGAGUGUGGUGUGAACGUGAACACCUUUCUUCUACACCUCCCGACCUCUUGGGAACAACAACCCUCCUCCCGGCCUCUAAUGAAAAAGUGAAGCUCUCGGACGUAAUCAACAAGUACGGACAGAACGUCAAGUAUCUGCCUGGGGUGACGCUUCCGUCGACCAUCGUAGCCAACCCGGACCUAGGCAAGACGACAGAGGGAGCCGACAUCUUAAUCUGGUGCGUGCCGCAUCAGUUUGUCCCUAGGAUGACCCCUGUCGUGAAGAAGAGCUGCAGCAGCGGAGCGGUACUAGAUCUACUGUUGCCGGCUUCUUCCUAUUUGUGCCUGUUACUCUUAAGUACAAAUUUGACUCGUCCCUAGUACAAAAGAAUCUCCGAAAUUUGACAUAAUAAUAAAUGAAUGUGCCCAGUCAAUUAUGUCUCCAAGUGGUCGUCACUACCGUUAUACAAGUAUCGAUAUCCCCCACCACUCAGGUAUCCAUUUCCCUCAUCAAGGGUGGCAUUGAUGUGAAGGAAGGGCGCGUACAGUUGUGCUCAGAGCUAAUUGCUGAAGAAAUGGGGCAUCAUUGUAUGGUUUUAAUGGGUGCAAAUGUCGCAAAUGAAGUAGCACGUGGCGAUUUCUGUGAAGCUACUAUCGGGUACCCGGAAACAGCGGGUGAGAGUGGGGCUGACAUCAAGCAACAAAGCCGAAUCAUGACCAAACUUUUUCACGUGGAUGGGCAGUUUCAGGUAGUACGGAUGACACGACUUCGCAGAAAUAAUUUUCAACUUUGUUUACAACCGAGUACUUCAACACAAACACUACUCCAUAUAAUUAAAAGACGAAGAUAAAUAACGAAAUAAUUUUCAACUUUGUUUACAACCGAGUACUUCAACACAAACACUACUCCAUAUAAUUAAAAGACGAAGAUAAAUUUGUUAUUAAGUUAAAACUCAGAUCGACGCCGUGCCUGACGUAGCUGGCGUCGAAUUGUGUGGUGCGCUGAAGAACAUCGUUGCUUUAGCUGCUGGCUUCACUGACGGCCUGGGAUUUGGCGGAAACACGAAGGCUGCUGUGAUGCGAAUCGGGAUGAUGGAAAUGAAGAAGUUCAUCCAAACUUUUUAUCAUUAUGAUCAAACGGCGUGACAUGAGGGAGAGUGCUAUGUAGAUUUGAUAUCUCACUAGCAUCUAGGAUCAUACACGUCUUAGAGUGCAGAAGUACAGUUGGCGACCAAUCAUACACGUCUUAGAGUGCAGAAGUACAGUUGGCGACCACUCUAACACCCUGCGCGUAAUGACAGUACGUUUUUUGAAAGCUGCGGGUUUGCGGAUUUGGUCACCACUUGCUUUGGCGGUAGAAACCGUAAGUGUGCUCAGCGAUUUGCCGAAGUUUUUGCGGCCAAAGUCAAGAACGAAAUGACCCAGAUGGAGGAAAAUUUACGAUCGAGACUUUCCUUCUUCCGACACAUUGCACUAUCAAUCUACCGAGUACUUUAGCAUGAUUGCUUUGCACACUAAAUGAGCUGAUAUUUUUACAGUCUGUCUGGUUAUAAAGUGAUAAGUGAACAGGCCAACGCCUAACCACUAAGCCAACCGUUGGCCUGUUCACGUAUCAUCAAUGAACUCAGUCUGAAGUACAGUCUAUGGUUGGUCAGUCCGGUGAUUCCCACCUCUAACUUCGCUAGAAGAUGGUGGUGAUUCCAAGGCCCUCAAGAAGGCGCGUAACGAAACCCCGGAGGCAGAGACUACCCGCCUCUGGGAUGAGAUCGAGGCUGAGCUGUUAAACGGUCAGAAGCUGCAGGGGACAUUGACUUAUGUGCAGCUUGGCUCUAUAUUACUUAAUGUGUACAACUGGCUCUAUAUUACUUAAUGUGUACUGGCUCUAUAGUGCAAAAAUUUGGUUCUUCUACUUGAUCGGAGGAGACGUGACGUGUUGUUUUCUAGAAAUGAGGCAGAUUGGUUGUGACCACAUGUUCGAAUCCUGCAUUAAAACUCCGUACAUCUGCAUUCUAGAGCACCAUUGCUUCAUUCAUUCAUUCAUUUAUUCAUUCCUUCGGAACUAAAAAGAAGCUUUCGUUAAGCUCCUGCACAAAGCUGCUACAAUUAGGUCUAAUCCUCCUGCUACGAGAUCAUGUCUGUGCUCCAGCAUAAUGCAUGCGAAAGGGAGUUCCCGUUUUUUUCCGCUGUCUACACGGUCUGCCGCAACGGUCGGGAGAUCGUCAAUUUGAUCAAACUGAUCAGCAAUGUGAACACUCCUCGCACCAGUUGUAAAACAUCCAAAUCAGGCAAUACCAAGAAAGUUGAGCAGCUUUCUUCUCCGACUGCGGCUCCUGGCGGACAGAAAGCUGGUGGGGCAUAGACUGUGGUAGGACUGUCGAAUUGGUUGUCGCCUUCUGAAAGGACCACGUGAGAAGUAUCUUGGCUUGUAAUCUAGAUCUACACGACAACCGGAUCUAUCACUACUGUGACAUUUUCCUCGACUAUAGAGCACUUAUUCGCAAACUCAAAAUAACCGAGUUACUGACUGAAAUAAGGGAGGUGCUAGCUUAACAUCAGGGCUGCCUUUCCUUCUCAUCAGUAUCUCGGUUAUUCUGAUCAGUUACUUGCUUAUUUCAGUCUAUCGAAUACUGCAAACAAGAUACUAGUAGUUGGACUUGUGCCGUACUAGGGGAGGGCGCUGUUAAAGAAUUUGGAUUUUCCAUAAGAAAAACGAUUUCAGGAGCUCAUGCUAUGGGAAGCGAAUCGUUGGGUCACUACAUGCGCCCGUCAUGGUGGGGAGGCUGAAUCUGAUGUAGAUUUAUUCUGGUCGUCGUUAUUACGAUGCUGUAUACACUAUUUGUAUUUUGGGUACUAAGAUGGAAUGUGAAGAGGUGAGACCCCACAUCUAUAAUGAUAACCCAGACGACACACUUGUUUUCGAGGAUUUGCUAUAGAUACUAAGUCUACGCAAAGGAGCAGACUCAAUUAGGAACCAAACCAGAACUCGGGUCCUCGUCCCUUCGAACGAAAAAUGAUGGACUUCUUCAUCCACAUCUGAUUUCAUUUUCGUUGGUAGUUCUACUAGUAUUCUUCGGUACUUGGUCAGCACAUGAAUCACUACACUACCCUAUUCGGAGACUGCUAGACUCUACUGCCAUCCUUAUUGACGCGAGCAAAAAUGUACACUAAAAACGCCUCAAUGCAGCCUCAUAAUUGCACUCCACCAUCACAGGAGGAUUAUGGGACUGUGGAGGACAAUCAGCUCGGUUACUAGUGAUAAGUGUACAGGUCAACGCCUAAACCACUGAGCCAACUGCGUAGUUGGCGUAGUGGCCUAGAUCAUGGCGGCUUACUGGAUCAUGGCGGAGUACUAGAGCAUGGCGGCUUACUAGAUCAUGGUGGAUUACUAGAUUAUGGCGGCUUACUAGAUCAUGGCGGUCUACUAGAUUAUGGUGGAGUACUAGAUCAUGCUAGGAGCGCGACUUUUUUCCAUAUGGUGGAUUUCUGGUCACCCCGCCAUCACAUAUGAAAUUAUCGGGUCACUCCACCAUCAUACGAAAGUGAAUGAUCAUCUUGAUGUUAUCUCAUAGUUUCACUCCACCAUCACACGAGGUUUCGAGACACGAGUUUUUAGCCUCAUAAUUUCACUCCACCAUCACACGAGACAUAUUAAACAUGUCUCGAAAAACUGUAUUUGAAGUCUCUUUUCAAUUGACGACGUUGGAUUUGGUCUUGCUAUUGCUUCAGGUGGCAACACUUCUAGAGGUGUCAACAACACUUCUGGUUUGCCGCCAGUCUUUUUAGAAGAUGCACUCGCAUGCACUUUGUAGCCGGCAAUCUUUUGAGAAGGUGCUUAUGUUCUUC